CCUCGCUUCGCACUCUCAGCAGCCUCUUACCCUCCCUGCCGCACGUGUGGGGAAACAGGCACGGAGAGGCUCAGCAACCUGCCCAGCAUCACAAUGGCGUGAGCACAGAGCUGGGACCGGCGCUGGCGUGCUCUCCAGCCGAAGGGCAUGCAGGGGCUGGGAGGGCUGGGCAGGGUGGCUUGUGGUGGGACCUGGAACUCAUCCGGUCCACUUGCCGUUUCACAGGCCCUGACGCUGAGGCCGAGGGUGGCCUCCCCACGGGCUCCAGUGGCGGAGUGUGGGCGUGGGCAGGGUGGCUGGCUGAGAGCCCCAGGCCCCUGGAGGCUCUCAGAUCGGGUCCUGGCUGUGCCCCCCAGGCUGGCCUGCCCCUGACAGAAGACACCAGGAAGCUAGGGCUGAAAGCACAGCCAGGGGAGAGGCAGCCCAGCUUACAGGAGGGCCCGACCCAAAGUGGGUAGUCAUCAGAGCUGGAAGGGAGGGGAGAGGCAGCUCAGGGGAGGGAGGGAAUCCCAGGGGUCUCCCUGGAAGAGACAGUCUUGCAGAGUGGUAGGAUCCUGACAUGUAGAGAGGCGGUUGGACAUUCUAGGAGAAGGGAGCAGCAGGUGCAAAGUGGAGGUUGGACAGGGGCGGGUCUGUACAAGUCCCAUGGGCAGCCACAGUAGCCCCGCGUGGGGGUGCAAGGAAGGUAUGCCAGAGGCACAGCGCGAGCCUGGAAAUUCCUCUCCAGGCUCUCCCCCCACCAGCACUGAGGCCAAUUUUUAACUCGCUGCUGAGAUGCCGCCAUUACCAACAGGCCAAGGGCCCAGGUGUCUCCUAGAGGCGGAGGGGGAAGAUGCACAAAUACAACACUAAGAAUCACAGCUUCCUGCCUCCACGCAUGCUGCCUUUGAGCCCAGGAUCCCGGGCAGCGGCAGCCUUGCUGGAGGCUGCUCCGGCAGCCUGGGAAAAGCCUCCACAAGUCCUUGCUCCCUCUCUGCCAUGUGCCCCACGCCCUUUGCUUCCGGUCGGCCUUGCCCGUCCUUCCGGCCGCCCUCUCUGCUUCCCUGUGCCCGUUUCUCAUUGUUCCUCAUUUUCAGCCCUCAGCACUUUCCCUGAAAGGGAACAGCUGGGCUGCUGGAGUCACAGAGGAAAUAUUUUUCUGACUACUUUGCAGAUUCCCCUUCUCUAUGAAAACUGACGCUGCCAUUGCUAAGUGAUGGAUGGACGCACUGCCUCCCAGAACACAGGACCACCACACCUUUGUCCAGGGUGGGCACUCCUCCAGGGCCAGGACGCCCCUGCCUCCGCAGCUGGCACUGGGACCGUGUCCUGAACGAUCUCACCAACAGCAGCUGCCACUUCAGGAGACUACUCUAGCCUCUCCACUGUGUGCGUGCCGCAGGAAACCUGCAAGGCAGGUACUCUCGUUCUGCAGAAUGGGGAAACUGAGGCUUGGGUCGAUUCAUUUGUCAGAGAGAAAUGGGAUUCAGAAGCCUACACUGCCUGUGAAGCAUGGUUCAGCCUCCCCAAAAGAGGAAAUGCCAGCGUGCGGGUUCUCAUGGCAACUCCAGCUCCUCCCCCCGCAGCCGCCCUGCACCCAUAUGGCGAGACUCACAUGGCCCUGGCUCAGCGGGGCCUUGGGGGCCAGCGCCUGGGCCACGCGGGUUCCCUCUGCUGGCCUGGCCAGAGCCCGCCCUCCUGGGCACACGAGACCGCCUCGUGCAGGGACUCCCCGGCCCACCCUCAGCCUAGCCGGCGUGUGGAGACGGGGGGGGGGGUGUUCAAUGUUGGGGGCUGCCCCGGCCCUGAGUGGCGGCCUUCUGUGCUCGGCGGCAGCGUGGCCUGGCCUUGGACUCUGCUCCCAGCUGUGCCCAGUGUGGGCGGGUCAGUGCAGGUGCCCUCUGCCUCCCCCGUGCCUCUGCUCCCUGCUGCAGGCCCGGACCCGGGAGUCCGUGUUAGGUGUGGAGGGAUGCAGGGAACGGGAGCAGAGCCAGGGGCUGCUGUCUUCGCCCCUGGCCAGCGGUACCCCACUACCUGCCCCACCCCGCCCAGGCUAUGGCCCAGGGGCCCAGCAGUCCUCUCUGAGCCGUGAGGAGGGAGCAGGACUCCAGCCCUGGCCUUGGCUGAGUCGCCCGGGGCACUGCCUUUCACGCUUCGCGACUCUCCCCACGGCCACCCAGGGCAGCCCUGCCAGCCUGCUGCGUGGGCUCCUGCUCUCUGAGGAUACUUGGCAUUGUCAUGACCUAACAAUGGAAGCUAUCGCCACAUGGGGUUGGGGCCAUGGCACCGGGGGCUGAGGGGCAA